AGGAGCGUUUAUAAACAUGGCCCCUUUACACACCUAGGGGUCAUUGUUUACAUCCAUCCAUACAUGCCAUUUCUGCAUGUACGUUUCUGUACCCUGGCAGUGUGACAGUCAGAGCUAUAGAAGACGGACCAUCAUCCCACAUCUGGCUUUCCUUCCAGUUCUGCUCUCCAGAGUCUACUUGUUGCCGCAGCACCUGAUCUGCAAAGAUCAUAUCUGAACGGAAACCUUGUGGAUUUGUGGCAAAAAAUUGUUCCUAUUUAGAUCUUUCCUGAACCAGCUACCACCAUUUCUCCUCCAGCCGCCAUGUACAGCUCCAACUACUCCCGGGCCAAGUUUGGACAGGAGGCAAGGGAGCCCCUGCACAAACACAAAGGAAAGAGCUGCGGCUACUACAUGAGAAUCGUCUUCUUCUUCUCCUCUCUGAUCCAGUCCCUCAUCAUCGUCAGCCUGGUGCUCUUCCUCAUCUAUGGACAGCCAGAGAAGUCAGCCGAGGAGAAGAGAGUCGAGGACAUGGAGGUGAACUUCAACAGGCUGAGUGACAACAACAUCCAGCUGAGGAAGGAGAAGGGCGAGCUGGGAGCUCAGCUGGGAGCUCGCACCGGAGAGAAAGCUGCUCUGGAGACAGAGCUGGCCAAGCUGAAGACUGACACCAACAAGACAGAGUUUAUCUUAAAAGAUAAAUUAGCUACCUGUGAGAGAACAAGUGCAUCGACAAUCACAAGCAUUAUGGCACGUCGUAUCACCCCUCCGAUCCAGACCCCUCCUGUCACUAACAGCGGUGAAAUGAAGACUCUUCAGACCCUGAACGCCCAGCAGAAAGCCAUGAUCAACCUGAUUGUGGCGAACUUCACCCAGACGGUUCAGAACCUGAGACUGGAGAGAGACAACGCCCUCAAAGACAGUGGUAUUCACCAGCAGGACGCCAUCGCCCUGCGCAAGGCGAACACCAUACUGGAUAAGGAGCUCAUCAUCUACACCAAGAAAUGCAAGGAUGACUUUGCCCACUCUUUGGACGGGAUCAAAAAGGUGACCAGCGAUUUCCUGACCAAGAUCAACAACCUGUUUCCCCACCGCCUGACCUUUCACCUCACCUGCGACAGCCAGCAGGAGGAGAUGGAGAAGAUCAGGAACAAAUGCACUAACCUGUCCAAAGAUGUGGAAAAUAAGUUCCAGCUGUAUUUGGACAAUGUGGGCAGCAAGGUGGCUGAGAUCCAAGCCUUUUCCAGUCGUCUGGAGGUGAACAACACACAUACGAGAUCUGAACUGCUGCAAUGUGAACUCACUCGCAAAGAGGAGGCCGCGGAGUCAGCCAAUCAGCUGCAGCUCAAACAGAAGACUCACGAUAACCAGGUGGAGAAGUUACUGAUUGAGCAGAACCAGCUGAGGGAUCAGAAGAAGCUGCAGGAAGACACUUUGGCCCUGAGAGACAGAGAGCUUCAGAACCUCCAGCGAAUGAUCUCUGCUCAGCCCAAUGCCAAGGGGAGAUGAAAUGAACUUGCAGACUGAAGAAACAUUUGUCAACAUUUUGCCUUUAAAUCUUCAAAAAAAGACAUGUAUAUUUUCUGUAUACAACAAACUUUAAUUUGUACAUAAUAAAGAGUCCAUAUUAAUGACUUUCCGUUGUUGGACUGUGCAUACUUUGUUUAGCUCUACUUGGAUUAGAAUAUGAAUUUGUUUACGUUUAUACAUUGGUUGAAAAGCCUUGGUACCAACCAAGGUAAAUGUAAAAAUAUCAAUUACACUGGUGUAAAUAUUUGUCUUGUUAUGUUUGUUGUACUUUUAUUUGGAAAUAAAAUGAAGCAGAAACUGACUCACUCCUGAA